AUGUUUUACAGUUGCUAUAAGAAUUGGAAGAAGUCUGGUUUUGAUUCAACUGUUGGAAUUCAUUUAUCAGUAGCAGAGGUAUUAAUAAUUAAAUAAUCUAUAGGAAUUGGUUGAAAUGAAAAAAAUUAAAUGA